AUGGAGGAUUUAAAGGACCAACAAGUUGAUGCAUCAGCUAGAGUCGAUCUGACUGAGCUGGAGAAGGACGACUUUUCGGGUCUAAAGGACCUCUGCAUAAAGCACGUGCCCUUUUGGGCAUCGGUUUCUAGGGGCCAGAUCCGGGUAAAGUUAAUGGCUCAAGUCCUGACCAACAGGCUCUACAGAGCCGAUCUUAUGGAAGGAGACUCCGUUCUGCACAGCCUAAUCGUCAAGCGCUUUAAUGUCUUUGGCUCUGUGAUUAAUAAUGCAGACACCCAGAUUGAGACUUUUGAACUUUUGGGGGAGAAUGACUUGGGACCGAGGAUAUUUUACAGGUUCAGGGACGUUAUUAUUCAGGAGUUUAUCGUAGGGAACACGCUGGAAAGGUUGUCCUUGCUAAACCUCUCGUGUUUGACCUCAAUGGCCUCGGAGCUUGCGAGGUUCCACAAGUCUGCAACUGCCAUUGCACCUCCUCACUGGGACCGCAAUCCAGUCGUUUUGAGGACUGUAAACACUUGGCUUCCAGAGGCUAGGAAGGUCGUCGAGGCAAACGGCAAUUUUCUGGACAUUGAUGGCCUUGAGAGAAAAGUCGGUGAGUUCAGGGCGAUCCUGGAUGCCCAUCUGAAGGCCUCGGAUUCCUACGCCAACAAGGUCCUCUUCUGCCACAAUGAUCUCUACUACAAGAACCUGCUGAACACCCCUCACGGAGUCCGUCUCAUUGACUUUGACUACGCAGGGUUCAACUACGUUGGCGCUGAAGUCGCCAAGGUGAUUGACCAGCUGGACAUUCAGUACAUGGAGGAUGACGAUGACAUUGUAGAGUAUGAUGUGAUUGGAGUUACGGAUGAAAUGAAGGCUAUUUUCGCGGGCAUCUACCUCUCGGAGGCACUCGAGAAGAAUGUACUGCCAUCCGAUGAAAUGGUCAAGGACUUUUUAACCUCGGUGAGAAUACAUACGCUGGGAAGCGCCCUGUUUUGGUCUCUUUGGGGACUGCUGAUGCUAGGGCAACCGGUGUCAGUUUUGAAUGUACCGCAGGCAUUUUAUCGCCAGUACUCCAAACUCUUUUUGAAGUACUAUGAUGACGUCCUAAGUGGGCUCAAGAAGGAUGGACUUGUCUAA